CAAACGGGACAAUGCACGCAGGACGGAAGUGAAAGACUACUCGUUGCAAAUGGCAGACGUGUGACAUCUUAUGCUUGUUUUCGUAUUCAACGUGUUGUAAAAUUAUCUUAGUUUUGAAGUCUCGUACAAUCGUAUCUAAACAAAAAGUAUCGACUUCAACAAUUAAGGAUAAUUAAGAAUAAAAGAAUAAAAUCUAAAGAGAUAAUGGCAAAAUUAGUGAAUGUUUGGCGGGACGAUGACCCGGUCGAUCUGACGCGAAGACAAAUGCCGUUGAUCGUUGAUGAAAAUCUCACGAUGAUCAUGGAUGUAAAUGGCUUAGGAGCAAUCUGUGCUAGUCCUCUUGUCCGUGGAAAACAAUUGGAUGAAUUCACUAGGAAGUUGGAUAUGCUUACGAAAGAAGAAAUUAAAGCAUCUUUCGAAGUUACAUGUAAAGAUAUGCUAACUAUUUUAGGACAAGCUGUACCAUGCGUUGGUUGUAGAAGAAGUGUUGAAAGAUUAUUUGAUGAUUUAAUGAAAUCAGGACAUCCUGCACUAGAUCCAUUGAUCAUUACUCCAGAUGGUUUAUUAUCAAUAAGUGAUGAUAUUUUGGAAUCACCUCAAUUACUUUGUACUAUGUUACAAGGACACAGUGCAAGAUUGAAUAAUUUAGUAGAAAAACAACCAAGAAAUAAAAAAUCGCGAAGAUGUGUUUUACAUUCUUUGGAAAUACAACGCAUGAGACCACCUCCAAGUGCAUGGAGAGAAGUUUGGGAUUGCAUGGAGUUACCAUGUAGACAGGAACUUGCUUUGAUUGAAACUGAUACUCUAGAUGCCACAUUAGAUACAUAUUUACGUAAACAUAGAUUUUGCGCCGAAUGUAGAACAAAAGUUCUUUUGGCAUCGUCUAUUUUAACAACAGAACAUGAACCAGCGAAAGAAACAGGUUAUGUAGCUGCUUUAUAUUCUGGUAUUAAACGAUGUAUACCGGACCGUCAUGUUCAUUUACCAACUAGUACAGAUUAUAUCAGUACACUUAUUGGUCGUGCUCAACCAGAACUUAUGGGAAGAGAAAGACAUGCGAAAACAUUAGAAAUUGCUCAAGAAGAAGUACUCACUUGUCUUGGAAUAUGUGUUGCGGAACGUUUACAUAAAGUCCAUCGGCGAUUAAGAGAGGAAGAAACAGUUUACAAAGUAUUAGCUGCAGUAGCAGUUGAUGCAUUGUCUAGAAAUUUUCAAAUGGCAGUCGAAGUGAAACAAGGAAUUUCACAAUUAGAACUUUUGUAUGAGGAAUUAACAAGGGAAGAAAUAGCUAAACAACAACGACGAGAAAAAUUGAGAUUAAAACGAAAGAAGAAGAAGGAACGCCGUUAUGAAACAGAGGAGAAAGAAAAUUCAUGUCAUUGUUCCAAUGAAAGGAGAAGCGGAAAUAGUGAAACAUGUUGUAUUUGUAUGGAAGUAAAACCGACAACACAAAAUAUCGAUCGACAUAAGUUACAAGUUUUAGAUCCAAAAAAUAAAGGUCCACCGACAUGUAAAUGUCCUGAUUGCUUGAAAAAAGCAAAAAUACCUAGUAUAAUACAAUCUCAAAGUCAAACACAAUUACCAUAUUCGACUAAAAAAAUUUCAAGCCCGCAAAAAAGUAGUUCCAAGAAAACAACUUCUGAAUCAAAGACGAAAGUUAGUCAAAGUCAAAUAGAAGAAACUAAUUCAGAGAUAAAACAUUUUUCUGAAGAAGAAUUAUUUGAAAGUUGCGACUCGUGUAAGGACUUCUCUGAUAAAACUGAGGAUGAACAGUGGCAUAAUCUCGAUGAUUGUAAAGAUCCUGUGACCAAAGAAUUAGUUGGUGCUUGGAUAGGUGAACCAAGCAAAAGAUAUACGAUUUGGAUAGAAAUGAAAAAACGCUUUGAAUUAUCUAUGGCUGAUAGAAAAAGUCGUUCAUCAAGUGAACAAUCAUCUCAGGAUUGUGGUUAUUCAUCUGAACAUAAUAUUAGUAGUCCAUCUAUUCCUAGUACACCCGAAGGUUCUGAAGUAGCUUGCAGUGAUGGUUGUUGUAAUCAUGAAGGUGAUUGUCAUGAUAUACGAACAUCCGAUAAACUUGUUCAUUCCAAUUCUAGUAUUUCUUUGCUAAAAGAAAGAGGUGGAGGUCCAACACUUACACAAAUGCUGGAGGAUUGUUACUUAUCAGAUGACGAGGAAAAAGAGAGCUAUAUUCCUGCAGAGGAAGUUUUGGAAUUUAAAUCUCGAAUGUGUCAAGUCCUUGAGAAACGUCAGGAACUUCGACAAACACUUAGAAAACGUUUUGCAAUUCUCUGCAGCCAUCAUAAGCCUUUUAUCAUUCCUCAUUAAAAAUUCCUACUAGGUACAGUUACUUAAUAGGAUAUGAUCUUUCUCUUUUGUUUUUUUACAUUGAUUUACUGCCAGUAGAGUCGUGAAUAUUAUAGAUGUAUUUUGAAUAAUUGUUAUCAUUGGAGGAUCAUUUUCCAAUGUGAAUAAAGUAUCAUUGGAUCAUACAUUAUAGAAAUAUUAUAUAAGAUAAUUUAUCAAAAAAAUCAUUGAUAUAUAUAUUGAAUUUAGUUAUUUUAUACACAACUAAAUUCAGCUACAUAAAAGACAUGUGUUUAUGAUAUAGUAAAAUUAUCGUCAAAAAUUAUCAAGCCUAUGCAUUGAAUUCACAGUUAUCUUUAAUUUAGAUAAUGUUUAA